UGCCUGAGCAAUAGAGCAAAGAAAACAAACCUGUUUGUCUAGCUGCAACCAGGAAACCAAUCAAAAGGGUGAACCAAGACGAAAGAGAGGGUGAUAUCACGAGGGACAAAGAAGAGGCAGCAAUGUUUCAGACCAUGACAGAGAACAUGUUUCCGCUGUGCUGACUAUCAGCUCUGAGAAUGUGGGACUGUUGUGCUGCUGAGAUGUGCGCAUAAAAGUGUGGUAAGCAAGAUAUAGUGCUAAACUGGGGGCAAGGCUGGCUAAAAUUGUAGAAGAGGAGAGACAGAGGAGAGAAAUCUGACAGCAGAAUGAGAAGCUAGAAACGGACAACAGUGGCACUCAGUAAGUGCACGUGUCUCCAUUGCUGGAGAAGAUAAUGCAAUUGGAUUGUUAUUAUAUGACUCAACAAUGGAUACUGUUUGAAGUGCACAGUAACAUGCACUGUUUUAUUAAACUGAGGACUCACAAACAUCACUUAAGGACAGCAGAUGUGAGUGUAAACGACCACUGUCAGUAGCUGCUCCCAAUUUCUGCUUAUGAACAAGUACAGAUAUUCAAAACCUGACCUGUCACACCUCUUGACUCAGCGGGACUAUUGUCAUUUAUCGUCACACCCCUGCGCAUAAUCACAGACUGACAUUUAAAGCAGUUUUUGGUUCACUUCACUUUCAAACACACAACACUGAAAUGAUGGCAUCAGCAGGUUUAGGAGUUUCCAAGAGCCCCAAACUGAGCUCUCAGCCCCCUACCAGCGGAGAUCGGAGGCUGGUGGACAAGACCCUCAAAAGACUGGAUAAGCUCCACGACUUGUGCACUAACCCUAGGUUAGGCCUAAGAAACAGUCCACCAUACCUGCCAGAUCUAAUAUCUGAGACCUCAACUCUGCUUACACUGGUCUGGGAGCCCUACCAAGGCUCUAAGGCAGGAGGCGGCAAGGUGCCCUGCGAAGACGAGGUCAAGUACUUAAGGGUCCAUAUCAGAAACCUCCUGGAUAAGACAGACAGGGCUGUCCUGCUGUUUAAGGAGGGACGGGAGAAAAUAUUUGAGGAGUCAUCAAGCUACAGGAGGAAUUUGACCAAACUGUCAUUGCUGUUCAGUCAUAUGCUGUGGGAGCUAAAGGCCAUGUUUCCAGAGGGGCGUUUUCAGGGUAACACCUUCAGGGUGACUAAGACAGAAGCCGAGGACUUUUGGAGGCAUUCAUUUGGCAGCGAGUGUAUAGUGCAGUGGAAUAGGUUUAAAGAGCAGCUGCGAAGUGUGCAUUCAUUUGAGGAGGGGAUGGAAUCCAUGGCUCUGAAAUCAACUGUUGACCUCACCUGUAAUGAUCACAUCUCUGUCUUUGAGUUUGACAUCUUCACUCGACUGUUUCAGCCCUGGAAGUCACUCAUAAGGAACUGGAACCAGCUUGCAGUGACUCAUCCAGGCUACAUGGCCUUCCUCACCUAUGACCAGGUGGUAGCUCGUCUGGAACACUACUUGCACAGACCUGGGAGCUAUAUCUUCCGCCUGAGCUGCACAAGAAUGGGCCAGUGGGCUAUUGGUCACGUGACCAUAGAAGGUAGCAUCGUCCAGACCAUUCCCCAGAACACACCUCUCUACCAGGCACUCAUUCAAGGCUUCAAGGAGGGCUGCUACCUGUACCCUGAUGGUCGUGAUGUGAACCCCGACCUGACGGGCCUGUGUGAGCCUGCCCACAGAGGCAAAGUCAAAGUUACAGAAGAACAGUAUGAGAUCUACUGUGAGAUCGGCAGCACCUUCCAGCUGUGUAAGAUCUGCGCAGAGAGGGACAAAGACAUUCGAAUCCAGCCCUGUGGGCAUCUCCUGUGUCAACCCUGUCUCACAGGCUGGCAGCAGAAGUCUGCUGGCCACACCUGCCCAUACUGUCGCUGCGACAUCAGAGGAACAGAGUCCGUCCUGGUUGAGCCCUACCUGCCCGGCAGUUUGCAGUGGGAGGGGGAGAUUAAUAGUGACAGCGAGGAUGAGGACCAUGAGGACAUUGAACUGGUGGUGAAGGAAAUGGCAGCCUUGAAGAAGUUCUCAAGUUUGGAUUACCAGUUCCCCAGCUCUCACAUCAGCGCCCCACCUCUGCCCCCGAAAAACACCACAGUGCCACACUGUCCGUCUCCCCAGGGCCAGUAUCAAAAAUCUGAAACCAGCACGGAGUCCAAACACAGCCACUCUCAUUCUGCUCAUAGUGGCCAUGAAACACGUAGGCACAAACAAGAGACAAAAAGAUGCCAAGGGGAGGCUGCAUCCAGCAGGGAGGAAGACAACUUAGGCCUGAGACCACGCAAUCUAUCUCACAGUGCUGAAUACCUCAGAGAAGCACCACUUCCUUCCUCUUCUCAGAAAGGUGCUAACAGUGGAGCAGCCUGGCUCGGACCCUCCAGCCCAAUCAAAGAGAGAAGAAGACGUAAGGAGGAGGAAAAGCGAGCAGGGCUCAGAAAAGACAAAUAUGGCCUGGGAGAGAUGACGAGAACAAUGUCAUCCUGAGUGACAAACACAAUCUGUAAUCUAAAAACUGUUGAAGAAAGUGAAAAAUAAGGAUUGAAAUGUAUGUUCAAGAAAUCAGCCUUCAGUGGAUAUAAAAAUAGUUUUUGCUCUCAUACUUAUCUGUAAAUGACCACGUGCCUCCUGCUCUGCUGAAAAUGAAAGGAGUGGGUGGAACUGACAGAAAAAUUGCCCACUGUGGCCUCCUACAGUUCAGUAAUCACACUGCCAUUAUGCAGACAAUAGGUGAAGUACUAAAUCGGAAAUAGAAUCUUAAACACUGUCUUCUUUAAAGUUAAAACAGUAACUGAAUGUCUUUUUUGAAAAGUAGGAAUUAAGGAAAGACUUGAUAUAUACACAGACAAAUGAAAUGGGCCAAUCACAUGCCUAGAAUUGAAAUAUAAAACUAUAGAAAAAUUCUACCUCGUCAGUUAACCCAUUGCAUAAAUUUGUUCUUGUAAAUUUGUUCUGUGAAUCCUGUUUUGUUUCAUCAAGCAGUGUUUCAAAUAUUAUAUUCAAAUAAAUAAAUACAUUGAGCUUCA